GGGGUUCCAUGGUGUUUCUAUAAAGAAUCAUUUCAGGCGGGAUACGAGGUGACUGGAGAUAAGGUUGAUACAAGCCUGGGCGAGAGAGUCAACCUAAUACGUAUGAACUACAAGUCUAUAUAUGGAAAAGAUUCUCAGACUGUUACACUUGACAUCGAGUACCAGACCAGUGAUCGUGUGAGAUUCAAGUUUUACGAUCCCAACGUCAAAAGGUAUGAAGUUCCAGUUGAGAUGCCAAAGCCAACGACUAAAGCUGCUGACCGCAAGUACGAGAUCAAGUACACGAGAAAAAAACCUUUUGCUAUGCAGAUCAUUCGUAAAGACACUAAAGCCGUAUUGUGGGAUUCGUCUGUUGGUCUUUUCGUAUUUAGCGAUCAAUUCCUUCAAAUCUCUACCAAGACUCCCUCCACCUACGUGUACGGCAUUGGUGAACAAGAACAUCCGUCAUUCAGACACAACAUGACCUGGAUGACAUGGCCUAUAUUCACGAGGGAUCAGUUCCCCUUUAAUGGUGGUAAUGUUUAUGGUCACCAUCCAUUCUAUAUGUCUCUGGAGGAGGAUGGCAAGGCGCACGGUGUAUUCCUGUUAAACAGCAACGCCAUGGAGAUGGCGCUUCAGCCCUUGCCCGCCAUUACCUACCGCACCAUUGGUGGUGUCCUUGACUUUUACGUUUUCCUUGGACCCACACCAGAAGCCGUUGUCAGCCAGUACACUGAAUCUAUCGGGCGUCCCUUUAUGCCGCCAUACUGGUCACUUGGCUUUCAGUUGAGCAGAUGGGGAUACAACGACAUCGCGACGGUUAAAAAACUAGUAGAUAACAUGCGCAAAUACGAUAUACCGCAGGAUCCAGCCAUAGGAGCGAACGAAACUACCCCAUACAGACCAUACGACUACGGUAACACACUGGACGUCUGGGUCAAAGACAACAAAGGGAACACUCAGUUUGGAAAGGUUUGGCCGACGUAUGAGAACACCGUUGUUAAUAGCAGCUUGGAUUGGGACGAGCAAACUAGACUGUAUCGCCAGUGGGCAGCAUUUCCUGACUACUUCCACAAUAACGCCACUACUUACUGGGGAACACUCAUCAGAGACUUCCACAAGGAGGUUGAAUUUGAUGGUUUAUGGAUCGACAUGAACGAGCCUGCAAACUUUGUGACGGGAACUAUUUAUGGCUGUCCAAAGACUAAAUGGGAUUAUCCACCAUACAAACCAACAAGUGUACUUGGUACGGUUCUUGCUGACAAGACACUUUGUAUGAGCGCGCAGCACGCCACUGGCUUACACUAUGACCUGCACAGCCUGUAUGGAUGGAAACAGUCUAUCGUCACACAACAAAUUGUUCGAGACCUUCUUAAGAAGCGCAGUAUUGUGCUAUCCCGUUCCUCCUUUGCGAGUAGCGGGAAAUACGCGGGACACUGGCUUGGAGACAAUGUUGCAAAGUGGAAUCAAAUGCAUGCUUCGAUUAUUGGGAUGCUGGAGUUUAACUUGUUUGGUAUGCCUUACAUCGGCGCUGAUAUCUGUGGGUUUUUUGAUGCUCCGUCAGAAGAGCUAUGUACGAGAUGGAUGCAGCUGGGAGCGUUUUACCCAUUCAGUAGAAAUCACAAUGGCUUCGGAAACAAGGCUCAAGAUCCAACUGCGUUUGGUCCCAAUCUUGCAAAAGCAUCUCGUAAAGUGUUGAGGAUGCGCUAUUCCCUUCUCCCGUAUUUGUACACCUUGUUCUACGAGUCAAGGAGGACUGGUGCUACAGUUGUAAGAUCUCUUAUGAGCGAGUUUACCUCUGACAAGAACACGUGGGAUAUUGAUAAAGAGUUCCUGUGGGGACCCGCCUUAUUGGUAUCACCUGUCUUAGAGAAGGGUGGACGAAGUGUAAGAGCUUAUGUACCAGACGAUCGUUGGUUCCAGUACGACACGGGUAAGGAACGCCCUGGCGCAGGCCGCAAAAACUUUUUAACCUUGGAAGCUCCCUUGGACUACAUUCACGUACAUGUCAGAGGUGGUCACGUGGUACCCACCCAGGAACCAGCCAGGAAUACAAUGCUUAGCCGUAAGAACAAGAUGGGUAUCGUGGUCGCCAUGAGUGAUGAUUACAAAGCCAAAGGACAGAUGUUCUGGGAUGACGGCGAGAGUAUCGAUACAUUUGAGAAUGGACAGUAUUUGCUUGUGAACUUCACGGCCGACAAGACGUCAGUCAAAUUCUCCGUUGUGAAAAACAGCUACGACGGUGCCAAGGAUAUUGUAUGGGGUUCUGUCUACGUUUAUGGACUAAAAACCAAUAAGAUCUCGUGGGUGAAAGCUAACGGAAAUGACGUCACUAAAAAUAGUACCAUCACCGAAAAGACUCAGGCUUUGAAGAUCAAUGGAUUGCAAUUAGACAUUACCAAAGACCACGUGGUCACCUGGGAUGUCUCGCAUAUCUCAGCAUCGGUUCCUGUUGCGGCAAAACCCGUCCUCUACCUGAUGCUGCUGCUGACCAUAGUGAUCGCACUCACUGAGCAUUGAAAAUGAAAAGAGUGUUAGCUUCCUGGCCUCGUAUCGCAUUCUCUUGAGUGGUAUUUCUUUGUUUAGCAGAAUAAACUUCAAUAUAGAGCAGUUUUUUUAGUUUUACUCCCCUAUAUUUGCUAUACGGGCAUGUGUCGCCCUAUAGAGUAUGGUUUUUCGGCUUUUGGGCUUAAGGUAGGGUAUCCUUUUUUGACAUUUGGUCUUGGAUAGGAUAUCAUUUUUGUCUGGGAUAGGGUUAACGGUUAGGUCGUUUUUGUCUGGCGAAUAGUCUACGCUUUCUGCCGGCACAAAAACAAUAAAAACGUUAGUAAAUAUU